GCAUAGGUGUCAGGGGUACGUGUCACCUUAUAAUAGACAUCCAAUAUAAUCAUAAUCAUAUCAUAUGUGUGUCACCUUAUAAUAGACAUCCAAUAUAAUCAUAUCAUAUGUAUGCUGUUUUCCCUUCCCGAGUUAUGAGAUUUUAACUGGUAAUGGUAAUCUAUGAUUAUAAUAAGAGUCGGUGUUAUUGAGUGUUUAGGUAGCGAUGUAUGAGAUAAACCAUGGAAGUGAAGAAAACUAAAUAAGGCCCUGAAAUAUGCUAUGUUCAGUUUUUAUCAAUUGUUGAUUACUGGUUCGCAGGUUAGUUUAGUAAUAGAUGGUUUGGAGUGGUGCCAACUGCCAACAGUGAUGCCAGGAAUGAGGAUGUCGGACUUGGUUGUAGUAGUGUUGGCAGGGGUGUUGCAACUGUGGAGGGGAUUCUUAUGUGAAAUUGAAGAAAGGGUUAUAAAAAUCUUAAAAAAAACUAAUUAUACCUUCAGAUUUUUUCCGUUCCCUUGUAAAUAAUUAUGUUCUGCAAUAAAAUUUUGGAACUUUUUGAUCAUAGAAAAUAUAUAUACUUCAAGUCACAUGGAAACCAUUUGAUAUGAUCUGGUAUGUUUCUGGGUUAUAUAUAUUUUCUUGAUCUGGACAAUUUAAUAGUAUGUUUGUAAUAUCUUUUUGAGUUGAUGGUUAAAACUAAACUAUAGCUGUGGCAUAUUUUUCAUAUAUAGGUUUUGCAAUGUUGGGUUUCGUGAAUACAACUUUUUAAAGCAGGAUAGUUUAAAAAGGAAGUAAUUUAUAUUGCAAAAUAUGGUCCAAUAUUGCUAUGGUACAACAGGGCUUGUUCACAAGUGUAAAAUUAUCAAUAAUCCUCUGUCAAUAGUUUUUGUUGGUGCCCAAUAUACCAUAUUCUGAAUUUCGAGACUCUUCAUAUACAUAUGUGGUUGUGUUCCCUUGCUGACAUUGUCUUUAUUUUUUUUUUAUGCUAUUUACUAAACACUUUAUGUCGUAGAUGAUCUUACAUAAAUCUCAAGUAGUCAGGUGUUGGAUUGUCAUUUCAGUUGCAUGUUCUUACAUACUUUGGUUGCCCUAUCAGCUUUGUUGGUGUUGUUCUGGGUUUCUUAUUUUUUGAGUUAUUUAUCAUGUAUUGUAAAUUACAGCAGUGUGAAAGACCGACAUUAUUUAAUGUCUCUGAAUCCAGGCAAUUCCGGGAAAGCAAGUAGAAAGUUGCCUUUCAAGGGUUGAACAGUCACCAACAGUUUCUAUGCAAAAUGCACUCUCUCCAUCAUUGAAAGCAAUGGUUGGUGACCAACUUUUAAGGCACUCAGAUAAUGAUGUCAAGGUUGCAGUUGCCUCUUGCAUCAGUGAAAUAACAAGAAUCAGUGCACCUGAUGCUCCUUAUGACGAUGAUCAAAUGAAGGAGGUCUUUCACCUGAUAGUAUCUUCAUUUGAAAAUUUGCAUGACAAGUUAAGUCGAUCAUAUGCCAAGAGAAUCUCAAUUCUGGAAACUGUUGCAAAAGUCCGAUCCUGUGUGGUAAUGCUGGACCUUGAGUGUGAUGCCCUGAUUUCGGAUAUGUUUCAACAUUUCUUGAAAGGUGUAAGGGAACAUCAUCCAGAAAAUGUUGUUUUGUCCAUGGAAACAAUUAUGACUGUUGUUGUCGAGGAAAGUGAAGAUAUAUCCUUAGCCCUGCUGUCCCCACUACUGGACAGCAUUAAGAAAGACAACGAGGAAGUUUUUCCAAUUGCCCAAAAAUUGGGGGAGAGGGUUCUUGAAAAUUGUGCAACCAAGCUUAAACCCUACUUGGUUCAAACAGUGAGAUCCUUGGGUGUAUCUGUUGAUGAUUAUAGUGCUGUACUUGCUUUAAUAUGCCAAGAUACAUCUGAUGAUUUGGAAAAGAAUGAUACAUGUGUGACUAGUGAGCAUGCGGAAGAUAAGAGCGAUUCAGAAAAACAAUCACUGGAGAAGUCAACACAUGUAUCUCCUUUAAUGCUCCUUUUUUUUCUGUGCUGUUUUAGACUUUUAUUAUGGUUAUUGUUGUUUGAGCAGGUGGUUAAAAAGGAUUCAAGGGAAGUUACAUCCUCUCAACGAGGAAAUCCUGAUGCGAAUAAAUCUCCUAACUCAGGCAUGAGCUAUGGUAUUGCAUGUGUUGGAGAAGAUACUGCUUUAGCUUAUUCCAGUCCCAUUAAAAAGAAAGAGGAUACUGAUUGUUCCAACCACUCUGAAGGUUUGAAUAUAUCUGGUCAUGAGGUGGGUAGAGAUUUGGACACCAAAAAAGUUGACAAUAGUAAACAAAAGGCAGGAAAAGCUACCAAGAGACCACGAAAGAAAUCAAGCUCUUCUACUAAAUUGGCAAAACCUUCCAAGGAUCAAGUUGCUGCUAAUGAGAAGGAAACUGUGAAAAUGCUUGACUGUGAAAGCAACAGUAAGAUAGUUCCCAGUUCCCCUCACAAGGAACGUUUUGUUGAAGCAGCAGGAUCUCCAGAGAGUAAUAAAGAAAUUGAUGCUAAGAUUUCAUCACCAGUGGCAGUAAAUGAUGAAUCUGAAGUGGUUGCUUCUGCUCCAAGUGAGAGCCUCAAUGAAAAUCACUCCAAGAAACUUGGACGAUCGACAAAGGAAGAUGACUCUGUAAAAGAAGGUGCUGCAUAUGAUGUUUCUAAGGUGUCUGGAGGAGCUAGUGAUUCAGAAGCCAAACCUGUGACGCGGUCAGUGAAAAAGGCACUAGGUCAAAAGUCUUUGAAAAAAACUAGUGCGGUAGAUUCUGUAAAAAAAGAAAGUGGGGCAACAAACAAUGCAGAUGCUAAGAAAUACUCAGCAAAAAAAUUAGAAGAAAACAAAAAGGGUAGUGGUGGAUCCUCCUCAAGGCAGGUGGAAGACAGGAAAAAAGGAGGGCGAGGAAAAGCAAAGACUGAGACAGAUGUAGCAAAGUCAUCUGCUAUGAAUGUGGACAAAGAAAUAGUUUCUACUCCGAGGUCUUGUACAAAAUCUGCCAAAGAUGCAAGUUCAGAGGAGAAAAGGAAACUUACUUCAGGAAAAGAAAAUGAGUAUGAUACAAAGGAAUAUGGUGAAAACCUUGUCGGUUUACGGGUCAAAGUUUGGUGGCCUAAGGAUCGUGAGUUUUACAAGGGUAUUAUUGAUUCUUUUGAUUCUGCAAAAAAGAAGCACAAGGUAUCGUAUGAUGAUGGUGAUGAAGAAAUAUUAAAUCUAGGGAAGGAGAAAUGGAAGGUCAUUGAAAAGGACUCAGAUGCAGAUGAGGAAGAUCGGAGUGAUCGUGCAAGUCUUGAUGCUUCCAUUGAUAUGCAACCAAAGAAGAAAGGGAAAACAAGUGAUGGUGAAACCACCAAGCAGGGAAAGAUGGAUGUUUCUGCCAGAAGUGGUGGAAUAAAGACGAAUAGUAGAUCAAAAAGUGUAUCCCUGAAGUCUAGUCAAAGGUCCAAAGAUGGCAACAAAUUGAAAGAUUCCAAGACAAAUAGCAAAUCUGAGGAUGGAGUUAAUAAAAAAUCUAAGGAAGACACUCCUAAAAGUCCUAGCAGUAAAUCCAUUGUUGCUACUAAAAUACUGAGUAAGAAAUCGAAAAAUACUGAUACUUCCAGGACUGGGGAAUUAAAUGAUGACUACAGUAGUGCGGCAAAGCCGUCUUCCAAGUCUAAGCUAGAAAUUCUAAAAAGUGGAAAAUCCAAAAAAACAACCCCAAAGACUGCCGUUUCCAAAGAAAAACCUCUCAAAAGUGGUGGAAAGGCUGAUGUUAAUGGUACCGGCAAGGUGAAAUCUGAUUCAUUGAAGAGAAAAUAUUUUGAGAAUGAUAAUUCAGAUGUUUCAGAAGGAAAGCUAAAAGAUGCCAAGGUCAAGACUUCAAUUUCGUCUAAGGCACAAGGAAGUGAGGUCAAGAGUGGAAAGAAGCGUAGGAGAAGCUAGAUGUUGGAGUUUUUCAUGCUGUUUAUUCCUUAAUUGGGUGCUUUUAUCAGUUUCCUCAUAGCAUUUAACUCUUCUUUCUGAGGCUGGAGUGACCAAAUGAGUUUAAGCAUGUAUAAGGUAGCUCUUCAUCAUUUUGUGGUAAUUAUCCUAAUGUUAGUACUGUUAUCUUUACUAAUUAGUUAGACUAGUUUAGUUAUAGUACAAGUUACUAUCUUUAACACAAAAAUAUUUGGCUAGCAAUUUUAUUUCAAACAAUGCUGACUUCUUACACAAUCAACUCAAACAGUAUUUGCAGUGCUUAUUACUGAGCUAUGGUUAUUGUUUA